AAAAAAAAGUUUGGAUGAAAAUGUUUCACCUUUUUCUGUGUGUCUUUCACAAGGCAGGAGUGCUUGGUUUGUGGAACAAACAUUACAGGAAAGGAUGCUAUAAUAUUUGUACACCCCCUACACCCAUUCAACAGGGUUCUCUUGACACCUCUCAUCCCAUUUCCUCUGACAUUAGCUAAACUCAUUCCUUAACUGACAUUCGCUUAAUUCCAGAACCUGCCUGAUAUAAUGACUAUUAAGAUUGUGCAAAAAUAGGAAGUCGUGUGUGCAUAUGCAUUUUCAUGUGUGCAACACAAAAUUUCAUCUUUAAAAUACUCAAAAUACUUUUUUGUUCCAGGGCCUUUCACAGGGAGAAAUUUUCUGGAGACAAAAUGUUCAUAGAUUGACAAGAAAACCAGCAAACCAUGUGAAAAUGUGCUGGUUUUUUUUACGUUUCUAUGUGAAACUGGGUCUUGGUGCAGCACUAAAUUUUGAAUUUCAAAUGCUGGGAUAAGCUAUAAAAGGGAAUAAUAAUAUAUAGCUAUGAUCCUUUCCAGCCAUAGAGCUCAUUAUCCCCAUUUUUCAGAGGAGGAAACUGAGGCAUGUGAGUGGGAAGUGGCUUGCCCAAGGUCAUGCGUUAGCAGCAGAGCUGGGAAUGGAACCUAAUUCCGGGCUUUAUCCACUAGGUUGCACUACCUCCUUGGUUUGUAGGAGAAGGAAGGUAAAGACAUUUUGGGAGAAGAAGAAACAUAAGGAGGCAAGAGAUGGGGAACAUAAUAUUAAAAAUAAUAAUAAACAAGAUCUUUUGGAAAGGAUAUAGCCCUUUCUUGCUUCUGGGUAUAACCCCCAACCUCUAACAAAUCGGGGAUUUAGAAGAAACUUUCCCUGGGGACAAAUUUCCCUUUUAACUGCUGUUAAAUGGUUUCAUCCUGUGAAGUAGUUAAUAUUGGCCACUGACAGGCAUGAUGCUGGACUUACUGGACCACUGGUCUGAUCCAGUCUGGUGACUCCUGUGGUCGUAUAACAUGGAAAGAGAGUGAGAGAAGGAAGAGAGGAAACAGAAAUUGAAAAUAGAGUAGAGAAAGAUGCACGGGGAUCUGGUACAGGAACGAAAAGAGGGAGGAAAAAACUGGAGUAAAGCCAGAAGGGGAAGGAAGGUUAAAACAAAGCAAGGGGGAGAGAGAAUGAGUUAUACAUUUUUAAAAAGCGAUUAUUUGUGGAUUGCCAUUGUUACAAUUCAAUACAACAGAUGAUACACACUUAUUAUAACAAUAACUUCUGCAGUAGAACCUUAGAGUUACGAACUGACCAGUCAACCCCACACCUCAUUUGGAACCGGAAGUACACAAUCGGGCAGCAGCAGAGCCCCCUCCCCUCCUCUCAAAAAAAAGCAAAUGCUGUACAAUGCUGUGUUAAACUUAAACUAUUAAAAAUAUAAAGGGAAAGCAGCAUUUAGUUUCACAGCUGUAUGAAGUCAAUGUUCAGCUGUAAACUUUUGAAAGAACCCUAAUGCUUUGUUCAGAGUUACGAACAACCUCCAUUCCUGAGGUGUUUGUAACUCUGAGGUUCUAUUGGACUUCUUACAUAGUGCUUUUCAACAGUAGAUAUCGAAGCAUGUUACAAAGGAGGUUGGUCUGUUAUCCCCAUUUUACAGAUGGGGAAACUGAGGCACGUGGAAAUGAAGUGACUUGUCCCAGUUCACCUCCGAAUCCAGUGGCAAAGAUGGGAAUAGAACCCAGACCUCCUGGGUCCCAGUCUAGUGCUCUAGCCACUAGCUGUCGCUGACCCAUACACUUCACAUUGUGCCUUCCUUUACACUGCAAAGCUUUGGGAGAGGUAUGGAUGCAUGACAAUCUUGCACCCUGACCUAGUGGGUGUAGUCUAUGGGGGAGGAGGUGUUGGGUACAAUUUUCCAAGCCCAGAUCUUAGUGCUUUGUGCUGUAUAAUUCUAAAAUACCAGGGUAGUACAGAGAGGCUAACCCAUUAUCUGCCUUUCUCCAAGCAGGCCACUUCCAAUAGACCUCAUCUUACCAUGGGCUUCUGAGCUAACCACAGAUUGUGCCUUCCCAUGUGGAGGGAAAGGGCUGAGAUGAACAUGGAGUUGAACAACCUGGCAACUAGACGUGCGGGGGAUCCAUGCAGAUAAUUCCUAAUGCCAAGAAUUAGUCAUGUCCUAUUGUGGUUUAGGGACAUGGUCCAGAUGUCUGGAUUAUAACGUUUUGUUGCUAAAAACAGGGCAGCGGAAUGCCAGGAUCAAGUUUGAAUAUGAUGGAGAGAAAAGGAUUCUCCAGUUUCCAAGGCCGGUCAAAUUCAAAGAAGUGCUACAGAAAGUCAUGGAUGCUUUUGGACAGAUGAUGGAUUUGCACUAUGCAAACAAUGAGCUCCUGAUCCCACUGAAAUCCCAGGAAGACUUGGACCGAGCGGUGGAGCACUUGGACCUUAGCCCUUCUCUGAAGAGUCUGAGGGUGUUUGUGAAGGCUCCAAGGAAAGCGAACUUCCUCCAGCCCAACAACAGUAAGCAGCAUGAGAUGAGAAUAUCCAAGUCCACGGGCGACAUCAUGGGGUCCCUGUAUAAAGACGCUGAGAGGACGCGGAAGUAUUCAACAGGUUCCCUGCACACGGGCCGGAGUUCUCCACCCCCGGGGAGUGUUCCUGAAGAACAGCAGCAGAUCGCUCGGCAGGGCUCCUACACCAGUAUUAACAGCGAAGGGGAGUUCAUCCCUGAGAUUAUGGACCAGAAUAUGCUUGAACCUUUCAUCAGUCCUGAUGAGUCACUCUCUGGGAGCUGCCAGUCCCUGGACAGAUCUAUAGACAGCCCGCCCUUUACCCAAACCCCUGUUCCCAGAAGGAAGAGCCAACCCAAAGACAGUCUUGAUUGCCUGGAUUUCGAUAUCCCGUUUUGUGAGCGAUUUGGGAAAGGUGGGACCUUCCCCAGACAAUAUCACCUUUCCCAGAGCCGCAAGGACUAUAGCGACGGCCGAAGGACUUUCCCAAGGAGUUACGUCCCUCAGGAGAAUCGGUUUCAGCUUGUCCCUUCCAGCAGAACAAAGAGCUUCAACGGGGACAGCAAGCUCCUCACCUUACAGUACGAGGCGCACAGGACCAAAUGGUGGAUCGACUGUGACAAGGGACUGCAGGUUUUCAGCACGUCCCCCAGCAAGUCCAGGAACUCCCUGCAGGCGCCAGUGAACUGGAGGUUGGGGAAGCUCCUUGGCAGAGGGGCCUUCGGAGAGGUUUAUCUCUGCUACGACGCAGACACUGGCAGGGAGCUGUCAGUGAAGCAGGUGCCCUUUGACCCAGACAGUCAAGAGACCAGCAAGGAGGUAAAUGCCUUAGAAUGUGAGAUCCAGCUGUUGAAGACCCUUCGCCAUGACAGGAUAGUCCAGUAUUAUGGUUGCUUGCGGGACCCGGAAGAGAGGAAGUUGUCUAUCUUUGUGGAAUACAUGCCAGGGGGUUCCAUAAAGGACCAAUUGAAAGCAUAUGGUGCUCUGACCGAGAACGUCACCCGGAAGUACACCAGGCAGAUUCUGCAGGGAGUCUUCUACUUACACAGCAAUAUGAUUGUCCACAGGGAUAUUAAAGGUGCCAACAUUUUGCGAGAUUCUGCUGGAAAUGUGAAACUAGGAGAUUUUGGUGCCAGCAAACGCAUCCAGACCAUUUGCAUGUCUGGAACGGGAAUUAAAUCGGUCACCGGAACGCCGUACUGGAUGAGCCCAGAGGUGAUCAGUGGAGAAGGCUAUGGAAGGAAAGCUGACGUGUGGAGCGUGGGCUGCACUGUGGUGGAGAUGUUAACAGAAAAGCCACCCUGGGCAGAAUUUGAAGCCAUGGCGGCCAUUUUCAAAAUCGCCACCCAGCCGACCAAGCCCCAGCUCCCAGAUGGUGUCUCGGACUCCUGCCGCAAUUUCCUCAAGCAGAUCUUUGUGGAGGAGAAGCGGAGGCCCACAGCAGAGGACCUACUGAGACAUUCAUUCAUGAACUGCAGCCUCUAGUCCCUUGCAGCGGGUUAGGGGAAAUGCAGGUGGAAGAUAAAAGGAAAUGGGGGGUGGGGGGUUUAAAAAACAGACCCACAGACCUUUGCACUCUGAAAUGCAGACCUCAGCCUGGGUUGGGAUCCUUCACUCCUCAUUGCAAGCUAGGGGGCCAGUGUCGGUUUUCCUUUGUAAGCUGCACUUAUGACCAUCUAACUGUGGAGACGGGUGGCUGUCGCCACGUUUGGGGCUGGAGGGAGUUCGGAAUUGGGGAUCAUCCUUGGAACACAUCGGCAUCGAUGCUAGUGGCAAACUCGCCCGCCCCGUUAUUGAGUGGAUGUCUGGUAGCGGAGGAGCUGGGAAUAGUAACUCACUCGCCUCAGAGGAAUGAUGUGAACGAACUCUGGUGCUCCCUGCUGGCCGUGAAAGCAGCACUGGCAACAUCCCACAAGGAAGCUGUCUCUUCAGCAGAGGAGCAGCAGUGUCUCCGUUUACAGCUUCACAGACACCGAGAGGGAUUCAGGCGUGAAGCAAAGGGAAACAAACCCAGGACCAAAGAAUGAUCGGCAUAGGUGUGUCGUUCAUGUCAAAGGGGGAAAGCAAUCCUGUUGUGGGGGUGGAGAUGAGAGGCAAAGUCCAUAGCAACAUCUCCAGCUCUUCAGAGGGGAGGAUUCAGAUUUUGUGCCUUAGGUGGUUACAGUCGAGUGUGAGCCUCAUUCAGCACAAGGUAUCCAGUCAAGGACGUGACUACAAUGCAGCCAUGCUGAGUUGGUGUUCUUGUACCUGUAAAAUAGUGUAAGUGCAAGGCAUUCUUCUUCUCUGGAUACAAUAAGGUCCCUGUAGGUUAUUCACCGCUGAAGCUGGCCACAGGACCUCUGUGUGUUUAUUCAUUGUUCAGCGGAUAAGUGUGUCUAUAUGAUGCUGAUGUCAAUGGCACCCUCAGCAUAGCAAAAGCUCGUUCUUCAGCACCUGAUCCUGUUCCCACUGAAACAGUCGCUGCUUGCCCAACCCCUGCCUCCUCCCCCAACUGAUCAAGUUGACAAGAGCAAACAGGACAAAUGCCCAUUUUUGUCAGUCAGGAUGGCAGGGACAGGGCUUAAAAAGGGGUCUGUCCUGGCCAAAACAGGACAUACGGUCACGCUAUCACUCCUUGCCCCAUAAGGGAAGUGAGCUGUGCCAGCCCUUCUCCUGGCACAGUUGCCUUCCCCCUCCAUGUUGGCUCAGCAGUGUUUAGGGAGUGGAGCCCAGUCUCUGCCCACCUGUGUGGGAGGGGGAGGAGCAGCCCCUCAGCAACACCCCCCCCCCCGCAUCCACUGAUUUUAUGGGAACAGAACAGGUGAGGGUGUAAGUAACUGUUUUCUCAUAUCCCUAGCUGUGCCAACCUGUGACCAGUUCCAAUGUGCUGCUAACGAAGGGUCCAGCCUGCAGAGCGCCGAGUGCCUUCAGCUCUGUCCCUUGUAGGAUCAGGCCCUAGAGCAUCAAGUGUAGAAAAGCUGUGCGGGAGGUGGAAUUCACCCCAGCGCACAGGACUAGCACGAGGGCUGAGUGCCUCAAGGCCUCAAAAGGGAACAUUUGUGGGACUUCAGUGAUAAAUAGACUCUGUGCAGGUGCUGUGUGCGGGGGCAUAUUUCAUCCUGAGGCCAGGUCUAGACUACAGACCUAUACUGCUAUAACUACAUCGCACAGGGGUGUGAAAAGUCCAUACCCCUGAGCGAUGUAGGUAUACCGACCUACCCCACCCCCAUGUACACAGCGGUAGGUUGAUGGGAGAGCUUCUCCCACUAACAUAGCUACAAGGUGGAUUAACUACGCCAAUGGGAGAAGCUCUCCAGUAGUGUCUUCACUAAAGCGCUACAGUGGUGCAGCUGCUUUGGGUUUUAUAGAAAUGUAAUGGGGAUCCGUACGAAGGACUCUGAAUGCUCCUAGAGCCUGAUUCUUAUCAGGAACAAACUCCAGAGAAGUCAAUGAAGUUACACCGGAGUGACACCGGUGUGAGAGCAGAAUCCUGCCCAUAGAACUGAACAGAGAAUAUCAUUCUGGAGGCUUCUGCAGGAGGAAUAUAGGCCCUGAUUCUACACCACAGAAAUCAAGGAGAGUUGUGCUGUUAACUUUAAUGGGCAUGGGAUCAAGCCCAUAGUUCUCUAUUAAAUUCUAUCAGAUGGCUCAAAAAGCCUUUAUUAUUAUUAUUAUUAUUAUUAUUUAUUUAUAUUCCCAUACCACUAAGGAGCUCCAGUCAUGGGUCAGGGUCCCAUUUGCUAGGCGCUUUUAUUACUCUGUUAUAGUCAGUAGGACUUUCCAUAAAGAAAGGGUUUAAAGGAUUAUUAGGAAAAUGUAAAAAUGUUUUAAAUUAUUUUGAAUCUGACAAUUUCCCCAUUCGCUGGCCCGAUUUUAAAAAACAAACUGUCCUCAGUCCCUUUUUUAAUUAAUUGAGAACAAAAUCUGACUCCCAGCCAAUCCAUCUGGAUUUGAUUCUCGGUCUCUCAAAGGGCCAGUGGGGUAAUGUUGACCAUAGGCGCUGAGCUAUGAGCAAUAUGAUGCCGUGCAUGGGUAGGGCUGAAUGUGACCUACUUUUAAAGAUCUGUUUGCAAGGUUCAUGGAACUCCUUCUAGAUGCUGUUUCUAAACAAAUUCCUCCAGGCUUCCUUUCUACCUGCAAGUCUAUUCCAGGACCCAGCGCUUUGACUGGCACUUUGCUUCUGGAGUAACUCAGACAUGUGUUGCCCCAUAUGGCAGGUUGCAGAGUCACAAAUUGGUCCCGCCUUACGGUGACCAUAUUUCUCAAAGGGAAAACGAGACAUUGCGUGGGGCUAGACCCGACCCCCCUCCUCCCCCCCGCAAAAAAAAAACCCUCCCCCGUGUGAGGCUAAGGCUGGCGUCACUGCUCGUCCAAGCCCUUCCCCCUCCCAACUCAAGUUGAUGAGCAAAUGGGACAAAUGCCCAUUUUUGUCAGUCAGGGUGGCUGCGACAGGGCUUUAAAAAGGGUCGGUCCCAGCCAAAACAGGAUAUAUUCUCACCCUAUCACUCCUUGCCCUAUAAGGGAAGUGAGCUGUGCCAGCCCUUUUCCUGGCACAGUUGCCUUCCCCCUCCAUGUUGGCUCAGUAGUGUUUCAGGGAGUGGAGUCAAGUCUCUGCCCACCUGUGUGGGAAGGGGAGGAGCAGCCCCUCAGCAACUCCUCUGCGGGGAUGGAAGGAGGCAUCUGACACACAUGUAUGUACCUGCAUGGAUCAGCUCGACCGAGCCCUAUGAGAACGAACCUGGGUGCACAUCCAAGAAGGGGAUGACAGACCCUCGUUCCACUGCAGGCUGCUGAGAGGCUGCUUAGAAAUAGUGAGGGCGAAGGGAGAGCUUUUAAAACAUUAAGAAGAACUACCCUGACAGUAGCCAAAUUGUGCAGGUUCACCCUGCUUCUACUGAGAGAGAUCCCUAGGCUUGGAGGGCAGUUUUCUCUCCCGCCCUCCUUAAAUGAUUUUGUGUGGGCGAAACAUCCUACUGUGAUGCCACAGGGCAACCUGGUCAUGCCUCUUUGUUUGAUGUUUGCAGUCACCAGGCUGUGUCAUGAGGUGGUGAUGUCCUGCAGCGCAAAAGCUUAGCUAGCGUCCUGGGGCUGGCAGGGGUUCAGAUGUAGGAAUGCCAGUGGGCUCAAUCCUACAGGCCUUGUGCAAACAGAAACUGCCAGUAACUUUCCUAGGAGCGAUGUAUCAAGGGCCUGAUCCUGGAUCUCUUAUGCAGUGUUACCCUUAGGUUUAGUUCUGCAAGUGGAGAAGUUAUCUAACUCUAAAUGCAGCUAUGGCAUGUAAGGCAACACCCACAAGGGGCGAACUCCGCCCCCUGUACAGAGGGAGAGCACAAAGCUCUCUCACCACCUCACUCCAUGAAGGGCUUAUGUGGUGCAUGGCCCUGCACAGGAGUGAAUUUCAUCAGAGUGCCCCUCCUGAAGCAUGCACAGCCCUGGUCAUUGGGACCUUCCUCUACCUUCCCUUGUCUGUGUCUGUCUGGUAAAUCACUCCUCAGGUGCCUUUGCCCUUAUUUUAAAUGCCCUUGCAGUGUUUUGCUGUAUAAAAUAGAAUGAGGGAAAGAGAAUGUAAUAUGAUUCCAUGUAUAUUUUUUUACAUGUAAGGUAUUGGAAAGUACAUUCACCUAAUGUAUAGUAGAAGCAGUUUGCUCAUAUCAAAUCUUGCUUUUUUUUUUUUUUGGAAUAUUAUCAAUACUGUAUCAUGUAUAUGUAUUGUAAUUUUUUUCCUUAUCUAGGGAAAAGGCUCAAGUGUGAUAUUGUAUAUCAUCAGACUUUAUACUGUAGCCUAUAAAUCUGUAUAAUUCCUUCACACCAGGCCAAAUAUCAUUAGCCAGCAAGUUGUAUAUAAGAGAACAGAGUCUGGAAUGUAGAAAGCUGACUCAUGGAGGGUAAGAUUGAGGCCAUAAUUGGAACCAGAGGCCUUGUAUGAUUCAGUCUGCAGAGACGGCUAUAUUUUUUUUAUUCUUGAAAAAAAACACAUUAUGAGAGACUAUUUAAGCCAAUGAUUACUGGGUUUUGCUAGAAAUAAUGUAUUUGUUAAGGUCUGAGACUUGAAAUUUGUAUGCAUCACUCUGUCCAGUGCUUGACCAUUCCUGCAGUAUGGUAUGUCCCACCUUGCCCUAUAUGCACUGGUCCAGUUCGGGUUAUUGGAUGGGCAGGUCGUGAUCACACCGGAGCUGGGAGACUAGGCUUUACUUGAAAAGAGAGCACCAUGCAGGGUGGAGUUUGGGAAUAGAGGAUCGGACUGUCCAUGCAAGGACCAGAACUGAGACACUGUAACUACAGCCGUGUUUAAAUGUGUUGGGAGCAAAUCCUGUUCUCCAUUAUCCUGCUGUGAAUCCAGUCAGAUGCUUCAUAACUGAGAACUGAAUGUGGCCCCUUUACUCUAGCUUCUUUGUUCCAUAUCUGUCUGCCUCAGUGGAUGUAUUUUCCAAACCAGCCCCUCUUCAAGGGCUACAAUCAGACUUGAGAAACAGCCCUGCACAAAGGCUGGUGUCUAAACUGCGUGCCCCCAGCAGUAGCUCCAGGAGGCAGUGUGACUCAGAGACACGAUGCUGAGUCACAAUCUCUUCCCUUGCUUCCUCCUUGCUCCCAGCUGGCAGUGAUUUCUAUGGGCCCACCCCUACAAUACCUCUACCCAAGCUGGCGUGGCUGCUCUGGCCAGAGAGUAAUGGAAGAAGGGGAGUCAAGACUCAGCCCUUUCCCCGCCCACCUGCUCCAGGGAGGGAGUAAGCAGGUGAAUCAGGUCACUACAUCUUACUGCUGGCAACUCCGAUGAAAGAGUGAUGGUUUAUUCACUGAAAAUGACACAUCGUGGAUUUUUGUAAUCCCAGUCAAUGCAACAGCGUUCUUCUUCCUUAUCCAGUGGGCUAGGCCCUCAUCCUGUAAAUAUAAUGACUCCUCCACGUGGGCCAUCAGAACUCUUGUUGCCUUCACUGGUAAAUGCAUGAGUUGCUGCUACCUGAGCUGAAGUAGUAACUCUAUUAGCAGCUGUAGUAGACUUUCAUGCUCUUUUGUGCACCAGUCAGUAGAGGGUGACAAAGACCCACACUCUCCAAGUGUGGGGUACUCGCUCAUGCUACACAGUUCUCAAAUCAGCAAAACGGACCGUUAAGCACAUGCUUAGUGCUUUGUUGGAUUGGCUCCAUGAGUAACUGUACAUAUGUAAGUAAUCCCAUUAAAUGAGACCACUCAUGUGCCUAAAGUUACUCACAUGUUUAAGUGUUUGCAGGAUUGGGGCUAGUGUUAGAAAGCAAAUGCUUCAGGAGGCCAAGUUGUGUAAUGAAACGCGUUUGCAACUUUCUGCUUUCUCAUUAGUCUGAUCACAGAUGCUAUCACUGGUAUAGUACUCUUGCCUGGAAACACAUAGAUACUCACUAUAGUAUCAGUACAGCAAGUGUUUUAAAAUCAUUUCUACUUCGGAGGAAUUUGUCCGUAUGAAACAGAAGCUAAUACUGCAGGUUUGGAAAGCAGGACACCUUGUCGAAUGUACUUUGUAAAAUGCUGUAAAUGCUUUCCCCCCCACCCCAUGCAUGAAAUUAAAUAUUUUUUAACUUUG